GGUGGGGGAUCAUGGCGCGCCGGGAAACUUACACGGGGAGGGGAGGGCAAUCGGAGCCGGAUCGACGGUUUUCUAUCAUGGAUCUCAAACAGCAGGCUGCAGAGUAUUACCGGAGCAAUGAAGUACCGCAGCGCUUGGAGGAAGUACUCAACACCAUGUUCUACCAGCGUCCCGGGGAUCUCUACGGUUAUCUGGCAAACUUCUUCUCUGAAUUAUCAAAACCUCCAGUGAUAUGCAAAUUAGAUGCUAAAAGUGUGCUGGAUGGAACUGGUCGACCAACAUUAGAAGUUGAAGUCUUUUGCCGAGUUAGGGACUGUGAAAAGAUUAUUUGUUCCAGCAUGAUCUCAUGUCAUGCUGAAAUUCUUGAAAAUGCUUCAGCAGAAGCAAUUGAUGCAGAUGAAAAGGAAAGAUGCGAAUCAUUGAAUACGGCAAUUGAAUGGAUAAAUGAAUCCCUGAAUGAAAUGCUCAGAGGCCUUCAGCCUAGUGACCAACAAAACAUUGAUGAGUUAUUAGGUGAUUAUUUUACAAGGAAAUACGAAGAAGACAAAGAAAAAAGGGAACCUGCAAAAGAAAAAGAAAGUCAGGAAGUGAUGGCACCUGCUUCUCCAUUGGCCACCAUACCUCCUGGAAAAAAGAAACCAAACAAAACAGGCAAAAAAAUGUCUGUGAUAGAAAAGCCAAUAGUCCCAGCAGAGCUCCCUGAACCUGUACUUAUGGGCAGUUUGGCUAUUGGAUGUACAUCACUUGCUAUUGCAAAGAGUGCUGCAACUGUUCGUGACAUACCUUUGUACUUAUAUAUUACUUUGCUGAAACAUGAUCAGAAGAUGCCAAAAGAACUGGUUAUACCACUGCCAAUGAUAACAGUUUUAAAUUGUGGGAAAACAUCACCUGGAAAACUGAAUGUAAUGAAAGAAGUGAUGCUGAUCCCUCCUGCCUGGUUAACAGUUAAACAAGCCAUAACAAGAUGUAUGGAUAUUCAGAAACAGAUGUUGAAAUUGAUAGAAAAAAUGAAUAAAGAGUCUGGUUCUGCAAUAGAUGACAAAAAAGCUGCUUCACGAGAUGCAGGGAAAAAGACGCUGCUUCCUGUUCCUAAAAAAAUAUCCCAUUUAGGUUGUCUAGUAAUGGGAUACGAAAGUCUAGAACAACCACUAACUUUGAUCCAAUCAGCAUGCACAAAUCUUUCCUUGGAAUUAGGAACAGAUAUAUACUUGGGGAUAAAUUGUGCUGCUCAUGAACUAAUGGAUUAUAAUAAAGGAAAAUAUGAAGUAAUUUUUGGAACACCCAAAUCUGCUGAUGAAAUGGUGGAUAUGUAUCUAGAUCUGGUUAAGAAAUUCCCUUCUAUUUUAACUUUAAUAGAUCCAUUGAGAAAAGAGGACCGUCAACAAUGGAUCCAUCUGUACAAUGUUUUGGGUUCUAAAUGUUAUUUAAUUGCAGAAGACUCAUGCAGGAAUUUGACUAAAGUUCUGAGUUCUAAAAAAAGCAAUAUGCCAAAAUGCAGUGGUCUUGUAAUAAAACAUAUCAAUGAAGCUAAAAUUUUGGACCUUGUACAAAUGACCCAGCGAUUAGAUGGUUGGAGGCACCUUUCCAUCUUAGGAAGUCCAGAUGGAGAAUCUUCUGAUGAUAGCCUUGCAGACCUGGCUGUUGGACUGGGAACCAAAUUCAUCAAACUGGGAGGUCUUUCCCGUGGAGAGAGGAUAGUCAAGUACAAUCGACUUCUUGCAAUAGAGGAAGAAUUAAACAAGAAUGGAAGGCUUUGUGAAAGAGAUGAGUAUGAAUUCAUUGACUUUACUGAAGAGGAAGAAGAGGAAGAGGAAGAAGAAGAGGAGGAAGAAGAAGAAAAAAUUGAUUAUACUGAUUCUCCUUCAGGGAGUACACAAGCUAUAGUCUAGAAAUUAAUGUUUCAGAUUUGACAUUGGCUAAUUCAAGCUGACCCUGAAAUUCUUUUGUGAAUGCAUUGCAUCUUUCCCAAGAUAGCAACUGUGAUAAAAAUGUAAAUUUAUUUCUCUUAUUGUCAUUAAAAGUUAUUUUAUUUUUGGUUUUAUUUUGUCAAUGACUGAAUAUUUCCUUCUUUCAAUUCUAUUUGUUCCUAUGCUC